UGUAUUUGAAGAGUUUAACUCUUUUAGUUUAGUCGGUGCACUGAACUUGGCGAAGAAGGGUCUUGGUUUUUUGAAAACUUUGUCGAUCUUCGGGUUUCGUUGAGUUGUGGACUACUUUAGUGUUUCUUUUAAAAAGUUGAUAUCGGGAUGUAAAAUGUUGAGUUAGUUUGAAACGUUUAAUGCAUUUUGGAUUAGUAUAAAAGUGAUUUACAAAAAAUAAGGAAAACCGUUAUAGAUCAAAACGUUUUGGAAUAACCAAUAAUCAUGGGAGCAACAGAGGAAAAACCUCAUAAUCAUGAGGAAAAACAUAAUGACAACAGCAAUUUACCAAAGAUACUACCUGCAUUAGAUACCAAAGAUGUCAAAGAUGAAAGUAGUCAUAUUCAUAAUCCCGAUACAAUGGAAGGACAAGUGCAAAAAAUCCCUUAUCCAAAAUCAGUAGGCUUUAUCAUCAGUAAUGAAUUCUGCGAACGAUUCAACUACUAUGGAAUGCGAACAAUUUUGGUCCUCUAUCUCAACCGAGAGCUUGGCUACAGCAAAGAUUCCUCAACAGUCAUCUUCCACAUCUUCACCAUGUUUGUCUAUUUCCUCUGUAUCCUUGGAGCCAUUCUAGCUGACAGUUUUCUUGGCAAAUUCAAAACAAUCCUCUAUCUAUCAAUGGUUUAUGUUAUGGGAUCCAUUAUGGUUACUUUGGGAGCAAUACCAACAUGGCAUCUACCACCAAUAUGGUUUACUAUGAUCGGUCUGGCUCUAAUAGCCUUGGGCUCUGGAGGUAUCAAACCAUGUGUAUCAGCAUUUGGUGGUGAUCAAUUCAAAAUGCCAGAACAAGUUAAACAAGCUGCAACAUUCUUUUCACUCUAUUACUUUUCCAUCAAUUCUGGAUCAUUGAUAUCGACUACGUUAACACCAAUUCUGCGAGAAGAUGUACGUUGUUUUGGUAAACAAGAGUGUUAUUCGCUGGCUUUUGGUGUACCGGCAAUUUUGAUGGUACUUUCAAUAAUAAUUUUCGUUCUUGGUCGUCCAUUGUACAAGAUCAGACCACCAGCAGGAAAUGUAGUAGUCCUUGUCUGUAAAACAAUCGGGAAUGGAAUGUCAACUUAUUUCAAAGAACGCAAAUCAAAUCCUAAAGAACAUUGGUUAGAUCAUGCUGAAAAGAAAUAUGACAAACAACUUAUUGCCGAUGUCAAAGUAUUGCUGAGAGUUCUUUUACUGUAUGUUCCCUUGCCAAUUUUCUGGGCUUUGUUUGAUCAACAAGGCUCAAGAUGGACCUUCCAAGCUACCCGAAUGAAUGGUGAUAUGGGUGGAUUCACUAUUAAACCAGAUCAAAUGCAAAUGUUGAAUCCAUUAUUGAUUUUGAUUUUCAUUCCACUUUAUGAUGUGGCCUUUUAUCCAUUGUUGAAUUUGGUUGGAAUUAGACGACCAUUACAAAAAUUGACAGCUGGUGGAAUAUUGGCUGGUAUAGCAUUUACCAUUUCGGGAUUGGUGGAGUUGAAAUUGGAGACAACCUAUCCAGUUUUGCCCCAAGCUGGCGAGUUUCAAUUGCGUAUAUUCAACGGAAUCCCUAACUGCGACUACACAUUCGAAACUAACCUAACUAACUACAGGGAAUUCACAGUUAAAUCGAUGGAACUUUUUGAAGACAAACAUAUUCAAGCGCAACCAAUAGACUUUUCUGGAUACACCAAGACUUCAGCUGCUUGUCCUGAUUUUCCAAUAGGAGUAAUGAAUCUUAAAGAUAAAACAGCUCACAGUUUCUUCAUCAAUUCUAAAGGAAUGUUGCACUACGAAGACAAUGUAGAUAAACCAGAUCGAGGAAAUCCAGUAGUACGAACGCUGGCAAGUGUUAACGGAAUUCGAACUGUCAAAUGGAUAGAAGAGAAAAAGCGUUACCUAGCCUACGAAAAUACUACCGAUUUCUAUCCACUUUUCGAGUUUAAAUUAACAGAAUACUCGGUGACAGUUGAUAAUAAAGAAGUUUUGAAGACAACUCUAAAGCAAGGUGGAGUUUACACUUUGGUUAUUGGAGAAGAGUCCGAGGGAGUCUAUAAAACACAACUUUUCGAAGUUGCUGAGCCAAAUUCACUCAACAUCCUUUUACUGAUUCCCCAAUACGUCGUAAUGACUUUGGGUGAAGUUAUGUUUUCUGUAACAGGAAUUGAAUUUUCAUAUUCACAAGCUCCGGUUUCUAUGAAAUCGGUAUUACAAGCUUGUUGGUUAUUAACAGUAGCCGUUGGCAAUGUUAUAGUUGUAAUUAUAGCUGAAUUGAAAAUAUUUGAGUCUCAGGCUUAUGAAUUUUUCCUAUUUGCUGGUUUAAUGUUCCUCGAUAUGAUUGCAUUUAUAUUUUUAGCUAUUGCUUAUAAGCCAAAUGAUCCAAAUGCUGUUAGUUUAAUAAGUGAAGCUGAUACUGAAGAUACAAAACCGAGUUCGUUGGAAUUGAACCAGUAUAAGUCUGAUUGAUUUGAUUAGGUUAGAGAUUGUUAUUGGAUAUGUAUACAUUUUUUUAAGGACAUCAUCACACGUAAAACAUGAAAUAGUUUGUAAUUAUUUUUUUGUUUAUUAAUAAGAAAUUUGUUAAAAAAAACAAAGAAAUGUUUAACAAAAUGUGAUUGUUGUGUUUAAUUUUAUAUUGAUUGUUUGUAAUAAAUUUGUAUUUGUAGACCCGCUGUUCGAUAGAAUUCGAAUAGUUUUGUACUGACAUUAAAAUACUAAAAGGAAAAA